AUGAGCACUGAUAAUAAUAAUAUCGCAAACAAUGUUUCUCCCGCACAGAACCAGCUUGCCACACCAGCUACACCCAGUACGCCAUCAACACCGUCCACCAAUAACAACAACAACAACAGCAACAAUGCAGACGAGCAGGUAAUUACCGAAUUAACAUUGGCAGGUUUAAAAGUGCUCAUGGUACGAAAGCAAGAUCAAAUUAUAUAUAAAUUACCAAACAAUAUGCAGGUGUCUUCUAUCGAAGAGAAUCAACGCCAGCAGCUGUUAAAGGAAAUUCAUUCGCUACAUGCUGGUACGAUGGAUGCAGUUGCACAACAAAUGCAAAAGCAACCCAGCGCAUCAGGCGACAAUGGCAGCGUUAAAGCUAUUGUGCCGAAGAAUAAAGACCCUUUAAGCUCGUUAAAUGUCCCUCCACAGCCUACUCCCGCUGAGGCUGAUGCUUUGAAAGAAACAGCGCGUAAACUUCGAGAGGAGCUGGAGCAACAGCAGCAACAGCGAAUGAUGCAACAACAACAACAACAACAACAACAACAACAACAACAACAGCAGCAGCAGCAGCAGCAGCAGCAGCAGCCGCCAAACAUGAUGAAUAUGACCUCUGCUUCUUUCGAUGGCAAAACUACGAGAAAAUAUAUUAAAACAGGUCGAUAUUCUAAGAAACGUAUAUUACAAACGAAUCAACAACAGUUCAAUCAGCCGAAUUUUCCUGCUAUCGCUGCUGCAACCCAACAGCAACCCUACUCUGCUUUACAGCAGAUUUCGCAGCAAAGCAUGGGUAUGACGAAUACAUCUACUCCUACAACACCUACUGCUAUUCAUUCUGCUGAUGCACAUACACCUGUCUCCUCGUUACCCUCAACUCCAUCCUUUCCUUUUCCUAUCAAUACUGCUUCUACAUUCACACAACCAUCACUUCAGCCGGUCAGUAGUGACAAUAGAUCGUCUCCAGCUCUUUCCACAUCAUCCACCAAUAUGGCACGAAAGAGUUUAUCAACCUACCAGCAGCAACCUUCUACAUCAAUAUCAUCCUCUGCAGCGACACCCGGUAUGCCAUCUCCUUCUCCAGUGACACCGUUACAACAACAGCAGAAACAAUCCCUUUCUGACUCUAUUUUAUCUAAACGCUUACCGGAAGAGGAAUUGCAACAUCGUGAGAUCAAAAAGAGAUUCCUCGGCGCUCUGGUGGCUGAUCAAAAAAGCGUGGCAGCACCCGAUUACCAAACACCCUUUCAAUCUGUCAAAGAUGCGAUCGAUCGAUUACUCCCUUACCAUAUCUACCAGUAUCCCAAGCGAGAUCUCAACGCUAAUAAAAUUCCUUUGGAACGUCAAGAUCAUACAAUGAUUGAGAUUUUCAAGUGCCAGACCGAAUUGUUUGAUAAGUUUGCGGCAAUUGCGAAAAAGAUUGGCGAGAAUGGUGAGGAUAUGCUUCAACUGAAGAUUAUGUUGAACCGGCAAGUGAUUGUUGAUCAAAGGCAAAAGCUGACAGAGGAACAAUCGAGAGUGGCAGCAGAACAAGCAGCUCAACAGCAAGAAUUGAUGAGAAUUCAAGCAGAAAACGCCAGGCUGGAGCAAGAGGCGAAGAAACAACAAGACCUGCAGCUUCAACAACAGCUACAACAACAGUUGCGUCAACAACAACAACAACAGCAACAAACACAGCAAGUGCAACAAGUACAACAACAGCAACAGCAGAUACAGCAAAUAAUGCAACAGAUGAUACCUCCACCCACAGUAGGACAAUUACCACAGCCAUCACAAAAUCAAGCUUCUCUGAAUUACCUUAACGGACUUGCUCAAGCCAAUGCAUUGUUACAAAAUCCUCAAUUGAUGAGCCACUAUAGUCAAUUAAGCCCCGAGUUACAACAAGAGCUGCUAAAAAAUCGCGAUCAGUUGCUUCUCUUGAUCAAAAAGCAACAAAAGCAAUUACAGCAACAGCAACAACAGCAAGAAACCCAGCAAGUGCAGCAAGUACAACAGAUGGUGCAACAGCAACAGCAACAACCACCCUCAUUGCUUCCAUCACAGCAACAGACGGAAUAUCAGCAGGUGCCAACUGUACAGACACCAGACAUGUCAUCACAGGAACAGCAGCAGGCGCCUCAGCCGUCGUCAUCCACCUCUUUUGCACAAUAA